CUUAAAUAUAAAAGUAUGGCAAAGAGAAAAGCGGUGUGAAAAGUGAAAGGAAAAAAAGAUCAAAAGAGAAUAAAAAUGAAUGUGGAGGAAGAGGUCACACGACUCCAGGAAGAAAUUCAGAGGCUAGGCAAGGUUCAGUCUAAUGGCUCUUACAAGGUCACAUUCGGAGUGCUAUUUAAUGACGAUAGGUGUGCGAACAUAUUUGAAGCACUUGUUGGGACCCUAAGAGCAGCAAAGAAGCGUAAAAUUGUUACAUAUGAUGGUGAGCUUCUGCUGCAAGGAGUGCACGAUAAUGUGGAAAUCACACUCAAACCAGUGCCGGCAGCAGAAUCAGUGUCAGAAUCAGCACCGGCAACAGCUGCAACCUAGUCUAAAGAUUCAAGGCAUUGUGCAAUUGUGGUGAGCAGAGUUUGCGAUCCUGCAAAUCCCUUUAUAUAAAUUACUCAUGUUGUGGGCGUAUAUUGUGAAGUUAUUAUAUGUUUGAGGUUCCCUUUGCUUUCAUUUUUCUUGCUUUGAAUCAGAAGUCAAGCUGAAGGACAGUGCCGAUGGCAACCACGUUUGUAUCCACUUUAUAAAUAAAUGGAAAUUGAGUCUCACUGCUAUAUAGCAUGUUUCUCUA